AUGACCUUGGGGCGCAGCGGGGCGGCCUCGGUGGUGCUGAACGUGGGCGGCGCCCGGUACUCGCUGUCCCGGGACCUGCUCAAGGACUUCCCGCUGCGCCGCGUGAGCCGGCUGCACGGCUGCCGCUCGGAGCGCGACGUGCUCGAGGUGUGCGACGACUACGACCGCGAGCGCAACGAGUACUUCUUCGACCGGCACUCGGAGGCCUUCGGCUUCAUCCUGCUGUACGUGCGCGGCCACGGCAAGCUGCGCUUCGCGCCGCGGAUGUGCGAGCUGUCCUUCUACAACGAGAUGAUCUACUGGGGCCUGGAGGGCGCGCACCUCGAGUACUGCUGCCAGCGCCGCCUGGACGACCGCAUGUCCGACACCUACACCUUCUACUCGGCCGCCGACGAGCCGGGCACCGGGCCCCGCCAGGAGGAGGAGGAGGAGGAGCGGCCGCGGCGGCGGGCCGGCGAGGCGGCGCCCUCCCGGCGCUGGCUGGAGCGCAUGCGGCUCACCUUCGAGGAGCCCACGUCGUCGCUGGCCGCCCAGGUGCUGGCCAGCGUGUCGGUGGUGUUCGUGAUCGUGUCCAUGGUGGUGCUGUGCGCCAGCACGCUGCCCGACUGGCGCGCCGCGGCCGCCGACAACCGCAGCCUGGAGGACCGGAGCAGGAUAAUUGAAGCCAUCUGCAUAGGGUGGUUCACUGCAGAGUGCAUCGUGAGGUUCAUCAUUUCCAAAAACAAGUGUGAGUUUGUCAAGAGACCCCUGAACAUCAUUGACUUGCUGGCCAUCACUCCGUAUUACAUCUCCGUGCUGAUGACAGUGUUUACGGGCGAGAACUCUCAGCUCCAGAGGGCCGGAGUCACCUUGAGGGUGCUUAGAAUGAUGAGGAUUUUUUGGGUGAUUAAGCUUGCCCGUCACUUCAUUGGUCUUCAGACACUCGGUUUGACUCUCAAACGGUGUUACCGAGAGAUGGUUAUGCUACUUGUCUUCAUUUGCGUUGCCAUGGCAAUCUUCAGCGCACUUUCUCAGCUUCUUGAACAUGGGUUGGACCUGGAAGCAUCCAACAAGGACUUCGCCAGCAUCCCUGCUGCCUGCUGGUGGGUGAUUAUCUCUAUGACUACAGUUGGCUAUGGAGAUAUGUAUCCUAUCACAAUGCCUGGAAGAAUCCUUGGAGGAGUUUGUGUUGUCAGCGGGAUUGUUCUGUUGGCAUUGCCUAUCACUUUCAUCUACCAUAGCUUUGUGCAGUGUUAUCAUGAGCUCAAAUUUAGAUCAGCUAGAUAUAGUAGGAGCCUCUCCACCGAGUUCCUAAAUUAA